AUGAUGGCUUCACGGACUUUCUCCACUGUUUUCGUCGCUCUCUGUGCUUUCCAGGACAUCAAUCCCGUGACGGGCAACGCCAAUGACUGCGACACAGAGUGUGCCACAACUUACCCUGGGUCAUAUUGUAAGUAUUGGAAGACGCCGAGCACCUGCUUCGGCUCGGAUGCCCCGUGCUUCUGCGGCACGAGUGGACCGACUGAGGCUCUCCGAGGUUCCACGUCCUCUGCUGCAGUCACGGAUGAGGUCACUGAGGCCGCUACAAGCGAAGAAGGUACGACAGCAGCUCCCGGAGCGACGAGUACGACUGGUUCUGAAGCUACUGUCGAUGCCACAGUAGCGGCCAGUACAGCUGCGGUGACCGAUGAGGUGGCUGUCACUACUGCACCUCCUGUGACUGGCGAAGUGACCAUCAGCACGGCAGCUGGGGAAGCUCCCGGUAGAGACAAGGAUGACUCUGAUGCUACCACCAAGGUCGCUACGGAGGCUGCAACUGUCACCACUACGAUCGGUGCUCCUGUUGAGCCUACUACUACUAUAACGUCCCCUUUCCCGGUCAGCACAGCUGCUGUGACCGAUGAGGUGGCUGUCACUACUGCACCUCCUGUGACUGGCGAGGUCACCAUCACCACGGCAGCUGGGGAGGCUCCCGGUAGAGACAAGGAUGACUCUGAUGCUACCACCCAGGUCGCUACGGAGGUUGCGACUGUCACGACUACGAUCGGUGCUCCUGUUGAGCCUACUACUACUACUAUAACGUCCUCUUUCCCGGUCAGUACAGCUGCUGUGACCGAUGAGGUGGCUGUCACUACUGCACCUCCUGUGACUGGCGAAGUGACCAUCAGCACGGCAGCUGGGGAAGCUCCCG